AGUCGCAAGAAAAUGAGGUCGGAGCUUUGUAUGUACUAAUUAUGGCGUGGCGGUCGGCUCUUAGCUGUGCUCGAGCCGCCUCGCUCGUUGGAGAAAUAUCGUUUAUCGUCACCGAUACGACUAGGAUGCCUUGAGCAGUUCUUAUCCUUUGGACAUCCUUUCGUCUACUCCGUUGAAGCACAGAAUAUAUCUAACACAUGGCUUCAGAGGACGACAUCUAUCGCGGCAAGGUCCCCCCUGCCCUACCUACCAUUGCGGAGUCGGUGGCACCUGCAUCAUCUACUUCCUCAUUGACAUCAUCCGGGUCCUUCAUCACAGGUCGCUUGGGAGCUCUUGCUGCUGUAUCAGAAAAUGCAAUUACCCGUUGGGCUCGAAGGAGAAGUUCGUCGGCUUCGACUUCAUCAUCUCCUAGUUCUACUACAUCUUUCCAUUCUUCUAUCUACACGCCUUCUCGCCUUCGCCAUAGUCGAUGGCGCAAGAGACGAACAAGCUUCGCUAACAUGCGUUCCACACAUUCCGAACGUGAGGUGGCCGCUCGUCUUAGGGUCAGACAGGAAAUCAGACGUGUUGAUAGAGGGUUUACCCUAUAUCUACCACCGAGUCUGAAUCCCGAGAUCACCACGACCCGGCGGUUGUCGGAAUCCUUGGACCGACCUCAGCAGGCCAUCUCUCAAACAACCUCUCAGGUUUUACCGAUUAUCCUCAACCGUUUGGAGGCUGCAUUGAAGAAGUCAUCAAGAGCAAAAAAAGGGAAAGGGAAACAGCGUCAAUUCAGCCCUAGCACACCUCCGCUUCCCCUGCAUCAUGAUUAUAUGUCUCAAGGUAUGCUCAGUCGACCUGCGUCUUUCGGUGACCUUUCCUCCGCCUUGCUGUCUCCCGUCCAAGGAAAACAGAAAGAGCUCUCUUCAGUGAAUCGUACGCCCAGCGAAUCGGCUCCCGGAGGCUCGCCCGAGCUCACUCGAGCUCCCAAAGCCUGGUGGCUUGACGUCGCCAGUCCCACUUGGGACGACUUACAAGCAAUUGGCAAGCUUUUACAUAUCCAUCCUCUUACACUUGAGGAUAUUCUCCAACAAGAUCCGCGCGAAAAGAUGGAACUCUUUUCAAGAUUGGGUUAUUAUUUUAUCUCGUUCCGAACUAUACAGAAUGCAGCCGUCACGCAACCGAAUUAUCAGGGCACUUCAAGUGAUGACGAUGUUUACAAGGCUGACGACGGUGCUUUAAGAGAGGCUAACAUAUACGUGGUGGUAUUUAAGGAAGGUAUUUGCACGUUUUAUUUCACCGAUGUCUCAGAACACAUAGAGAAAGUGAGGAAUAGACUUCAACUCCUCCAGGACUCUUUCAAUAUGUCAUCAGACUGGAUUGCUCAUGGCAUAUUGGAUUCUGUCGUGGAUUCAUUCUUUCCAUUCCUUAAGGAGAUCGAGAAACAAGUUCUAGCUGUGGAAGCUCUCGUAUUUUCGAGCAACGGCGUCUCCCACACUUCUUCGACAAGCACUCUUGUUGAUUCCAUUCAUAUACCUACAGAUGAUCAAUAUGAUUCCAACAUUGAAAAACUGCCAGAUACGGUUUCGAAGGAAAUGGAAGAAACACCUUCCAGCUACUUUCCCAGAUUCACUCAGCCACCAUUCUUCCGACGCUUAAAAAGCGGUCUUCAAAAUCUGAGGAAUAGUUUUGCGACUACCCGUGAGGUCAAAACACAAGCGACGACAACAGAUACACUACUACGCAUGGCUAGGGCGAGAAGACUUGUUACCUCCUUGACUCGCCUUCUUGCUACAAAGUCGGAGGUCAUAUCACAAAUCCGCAAACGCUUUUUGAUCAGUGGACGACAAGCACCCUCCCCUCAGGCGAACGACGACCUUGACAUCGCCAUUUACAUGGGGGACGUUCAAGAUCAUAUAUUGACUUUGCAGCAAUCCCUUUAUCACUACGAGCACAUGCUCAGCGAUUCUCACCCAGCAUAUCUGACCCAGCUGCAAACUCGUCUUGCUAUGGCCAAAGGAUACGCUGAUAAGAUCAUAUUAGCGUUGUCUCUCAUCAGUAUAGGGAUUUUGUGCAUUCAAAUUCCGAUAGGAUUAUUCUCACAAAACAUCAAGAUUCCAAAAAAUGGCAUUCAUCAACAUCCUUCAGCCCCUUAUAAUUAUUUCGCCAUGGUCAUACUUUUAUCGAUUGGCAUUCUGGUUGUUUUUCUCACUACCGUACGGCACUGGUGGAACCAGGCAAAACGUACCCGAUCAAAGCUUUCAUAGAAACUUUUUCAUGUUUGCUGUGAAACCCUAGCUAUGAAACGGUGUUGAACCUAAUCUAAAACAUCGAUAGCGUCAUGUAAUUUAUAGCAGCCAAGAUAUGGGUAUGUAGAAUUCGUGUAAAUCGUAAUGGAAAAGAAUAUAGAUGUGCAGGCUUUAAGGACUUUCCAACGUCGGACGAAUUGACUCUUAAGAAUCUCGUUUGGUACCACACAAUGUAAGAACCUGUUCGGUCUCCUCUAGAACAGCUUUAACUAACCGACGAUA